AUGCCUCAUUCUAUGGGGGCGUCGACUCCAGCGGCGACGAUAGCCACGCUCGACGAGAAACGGACCGAGGCCGACGCAGAUACUCCAGCACGCUUUCUACACGAUCACCACCUCUUCUCUGAGACUCUCCCAUACUGGCUGGUCAACGUACCCCGGUCGCAAUGGCCGGCCGAAUGCCCCAGCUUUCUCCGCGACCAACCCCUGAAAAACAUCCGCUGCCUGUCGACCCCGGACGAGCUCUAUACACGACAGGGAUGGGAGGAAGUGAAGGAGAUCAUCCGGACAAACCGGAUCGAUCGGUUCCAGCGCGUGCCGACUGACCUGCGCAAGUAUCUGGAAUACACAGCGCACAUCAAGGCCCAGUAUGAGUCGGUGAUGCGAUUCGUGGUUAAGGAGAGGCUGCGCUGGGGCGAUGGCAAUCCAGAGGACCUCCAGCCCAAGGGGCGCCCGUUUGAGUUCAACGAGGACAUUCGCAUCCUCUACAAUGACUGGCCGUACGGGGUCGACACCGACAUCAUCCACCUGGUGGUGUGGACCAAGUUCGAGCUGGAGGACGACCCGGCCACGGAUGACCUGACCGCACGCGCCCGCGAAGCCAUCGAGGAGUAUGUGCAGCGCACGUUUUGCUCGCGGGUGCCGCCUGAACAGGUGAUUUGGUUCAAGAACUGGAAGUCCCUCAAGUCCGUCCACGCGGUCGAACACUUCCACGUCAUGCUCCAUCGGCCAGAUAUGGCAUUUGUGAGGGAGAUCACUCAUGGAGACGUGCCACUGAUCGAGCGGGUAUGA